GUCUUGCACAGGUGUACCGGCUCCUCCCCUCCAGUCUUGCACAGGUGUACCGGCUCCUCCCCUUCAGGCUUGCACAGUUGUACCGGCUCCUCCCCUUCAAUCUUGCACAGGUGUACCGGCUCCUCCCCUUCAGUCUUGCACAGUUGUACCGGCUCCUCCCCUUCAGUCUUGCACAGGUGUACCGGCUCCUCCCCUCCAGUCUUGCACAGGUGUACCGGUUCCUCCCCUUCAGUCUUGCACAGGUGUACCGGCUCCUCCCCUUCAGUCUUGCACAGGUGUACCAGCUCCUCCCCUCCAGUCUUGAACAGGUGUACCGGCUCCUCCCCUCCAGUCUUGCACAGGUGUACCGGCUCCUCCCCUUCAGUCUUGCACAGUUGUACCGGCUCCUCCCCUUCAGUCUUGCACAGGUGUAACAGCUCCUCCCCUUCAGUCUUGCACAGGUGUACCGGGUCCUCCCCUUCAGUUUUGCACAGGUGUAUUGGCUCCUCCCCUUCAGUCUUGCACAGGUGUACCGGCUCCUCCCCUUCGGUCUUGCACAGGUGUACUGGCUCCUCCCUUUCAGUCUUGCACAGGUGU